AUGACAGAGAGGAAUAACCGGAGGCGGAUGAUGAAGAAGGACGAUGAGGCCUACGAAAUCUCCAUCCCCUUCGAGGAGACGCCCCACCUAGAGCCCCAGAUCUUCUACAGCCUCAGCCCCCCCCAAAGCAACUUCGAAGAGCUGCCGGAGCCGCCCCCGCCCGCCCUGGCGCUGAUGAGCAGCAUGAAGACCCAGCUGCACAUGGCCCUGGAGCGCAACUCCUGGCUGCAGAAGCGCAUCGAGGACCUGGAGGAGGAGCGGGACUUUCUGCGCUGCCAGCUCGACAAGUUCAUCUCCUCCGCCAAGGUGGACGCCGAAGAUCACUGCCGCAGCAAGCAGCCCCCGCGGCGGGCGGAGGCGGCCGAGAGCCGGCCUGGCGAGGCCACGGACAACGAAAGCCUGGCGUCCUCGCUCAGCGCCGCCUCGGAGCAGGGCGGCUCCGCUGAGCGCAAGAAGCAGAAGCAGAAGGCGGGUGUGAGCCGGCGGCGCUUCGGCAAGCCCAAGGCCCGUGAGCGCCAGCGAGUCAAGGACGCCGACGGGGUGCUGUGCCGCUACAAGAAGAUCCUCAACACCUUCCAGAAGCUGAAGAGCAUGAGCCGGGCCUUCGAGCACCACCGGGUGGAUCGCAACACGGUGGCUCUGACCACGCCCAUCGCCGAGCUGCUCAUUGUGGCGCCCGAGAAGCUGGCUGAGGUGGGCGAGUUCGACCCAUCCAAGGAGCGGCUGCUGGAGUACUCGCGCCGCUGCUUCCUGGCGCUGGAUGACGAGACCCUCAAGAAGGUGCAGGCCCUCAAGAAGAGCAAGCUGCUGCUGCCCAUCACCUACCGCUUCAAGCGGUGAUGGGGCCCCCUGCUGCCCCCCCACCCCGGGACCCGUUACCCCGCAAACCGCCCUAUCCCACUGCCGACACCAGCGCUGCCACCUGGGACGCCCUCAAGCCGCCCUAUCCCACCGCUGAUACCAACACUGCCCUGGGACUCCCUCAAACCGUCCUAUCCCACUGCCGAGACCAGCGCUGCCCCCUGGGACGCCCUCAAGCCACCCUAUCCCACCGCUAACACCAACACUGCCCUGGGACUCCCUCAAACCGUCCUAUCCCACUACUACCACCGAUGCCGCUCCCAUCCCCUGGGAUCUGUGAUCCCGUGAAUUGGCCUAUUCCCACGCUGUCCCCCAAGACUCCCCUGAACUGGCCUAUCUCACCAAUGCUGCCCCCACCCCUCAGCAUCUGUCACCCCACGAACCUGCCUAUCACACUGCUAACA